CCUCCACAACACUCUGAAACUGGUGUUGGACAUCCCUAAACAACAAUCCGAUACCACAUAUUAUCAAAUAUGAGUCAGAUCAAAAGAUUACAUGAACCAGAGUGGAACAAAAACUUGGUAAAAAAAAAAUGUAAAGUCACGCGUCAAAUUAUAACACGUUCGAUAAGCAAAAUAAAUAAUAAGAUAAAUUGUCAUCAUGAUGAUGAUUUAUACGCCAAAGAUAAAUUGUUAAUUGAACGUGUUAAUGAAUAUUGCCUGGCUGAAAUAUUCAUGUAUAUUCCAGCAUGUGAAAGACCAAAAUUUGCAUUGGUAUGCAAACAAUGGAAAAGAGCCCUUGAUUAUUAUUCUUGGUCUAAUGUCACAAAACUUGAACUAACUCAUUGGGAAUUUGAUGAGUAUCCAAAUUAUUUAAUUAAACAUUAUCCAACACUCGAUAGACAAUUCAAUUUUUUGAAAUCACUACUUGAUAAAUGUGGUCGUUAUUUAACAGAAUUAGAUGCGACAGCUUAUGGCCAUUGUAACAUAGUGCCAGUCAUCAAUGAAUCUUGUCCAAAUCUCGUAAAACUUCGAAUAAGAAUCAAGUAUAUUGAAGAUGCAAUAUUAGAUAAUGCAUUUACAAGUCUUUCUAAACUAAAAGUAUUGAAAAUUAUAUUUCAAUGUUUUUCAAGUCCCGGUACAGAUGUACCUCUUACUUUACUCAAUUCAUUGUUAAACGUUGCUGAUACACUGACUGAACUGAGUUUGUCAAAUUGGUCUAGAUGCAUAGCGGACAACGCUAUAAUUCCAGACGAGUUUACUAGUGUGGUUACUGAACUAAAGGCCUUGAGACAAACUCAAAUUGGCGGUAUGAUCUGUAGCAACACAUUGGUCGAUAAUAUGCUUGCGCUGGAUCCUGCGAUGAUACGCCGUUAUGACGAGUGUAAAUAUCGUGGAAAUAUAAUUGAUCGCACAAAUGCUUUUGAAUAUAUCAAGAGAUUAACUAUUCAAAGAUUCCGAGUUGCUGAUGAUUUUUUAUAUAAUAUUGCCAAUGUUAUGAGACGAUUACACACACUACAAAUUUAUUGUCACUGGGUAACCGAUGCUGUAUUUCAAGUUUCAGGAAGUCUUGCAAUUAUCAUCAACAGGGUAAAUAUGCGUUUGUAG